AGGCAUGUGUCAUGUGUUUUGACCCAUUGAACACCCGGCGCAAUAAUUAAAGGUGUAUAAUGAUUAAAAUCGAUACAAAAGAAAGAUAACGAUUGCAUGAAUUCGUAUUAUAGUGCCUAGAGAGUAUCCAACGUUGUAAUCGGACUAUCUAUUCAUCAGAAAGUACCCAGAUUAAGCUAGAGAAGCCUUGAUUAUCCCAAAAUAGAGACAAUGGAAACCGUAGACUUAAUAUCAGACGAUGAUUCUUUCGAAGCUCCAGUGGUGCAAAGCAGAGCGACAGUGCCCAUCACUACCAAAUGGCCGAAAUUGACUACUUCAUUACACUUUCAGCAGAUUAUGAUCUCGUCAGACUCCUCAGAUGAAGAAACAAUGGGAAAUACUGGUGCUACUUCCCUUGAAAAAGAGAAUAUACCAUCAGUGGAAUCUACAUCUCCAAAAAUCAUUGGACUCAGCCCAGAAGACACUGCCUCGACUGAUUUUUGUCUCCAGUCUUUUGCUUAUCGUCCUCAAGCUCUCCAGGUCAAUGCACAUCCUCAAUCCUCGUCCCAGGAAAACUCCAAACCUGCGCCUAGAAGAUUCUUCCGUUGGGGAUCGAGUGAGGAUGGUCAUGUCUCGACUUCAAUUAUUAAGAAGAGACCUCCACCGAGCCCGAGUAAAACUCAAACCAAAAAAAGAAAUAUCGAGUACGAUGAUGAGGGCGACAUGAUCAUGGAAGGUCCAUCAUCAAUGCCUGAGGCUUGUAAUGAGAUGGAUCCCAAUUGUGGAUGCUCUGGGGAAGAUAUUGGAACACCUAGUCCCAUGGUCAGCAUGCACCACAGGCUCGAGAUAGCGGGGGUGCAGGUUGACUUCCCUUUAACCCCGUAUCCAGCGCAAAAGGCGGUCAUGAAUGCGUUGAUAAAGGGCUGUAGGAAUGAAGAGCACGCCUUGGUGGAGAGUCCAACUGGCAGUGGAAAGACUCUUGCCUUACUCUGCGGAGCCUUGGCUUGGCAAGCUCAAUACGCCG